GGGAGUUCAACUUGGACCAGGCUGUAUUUUCUUUUCCUGGUCAGAAAACAGCAGCGGGGCUCAUCUUCCACACAGUGUUGUGCAGCAGCCCUUGAAGCCAAAAGCAGCUUUGCUUGUGUGGGAUGUUGAAGUUAAUGGAGAAAUCCAAAAACGGCAGGAAGAAAAAUCUCACAACAGCUCUGCAAUGGCGAGGAGACGGGCUCCCCAGCGGCGAUGGCGCCGCCCAGAGACGCCGGCAGCCUCUGCCGAGCGGGACUCCGAGGUGGUACUGGGGGCCCAGGUGACCGAGGUCGUCCUCAACGUCGCCAGUAAGGCGCCCACUAACAGCAGCCACCGCGCCAGGAACAACACUGGGAUCAUCUCCCGCAUCACUUGUUACCUGGCGAUGGCCAUUAUCUUCCUGCGGAGACUCAUCAGCACCUGUGUCUCCGCCAUGCAAAAGAUCUCCCUGAAUAAGAAAGGGUUCUGGAAAGUCUUCUUUGGCAUCCCUCUCACUCUUGCUGGUGUCUACUGUGUGCUGUCGCUGCCAGCGUGGGCAAAAGGAGUGCCACAGGAGCUGCUGGGAUGGCUGGUGCCAGACCUGGAGGCCAAACAGGACUGGAUGAGCCUGCUGGCAGAACAAGCCCAAAAGAUGCAACUGCUGAAGGAGGAGGUGUCCCGCCUGAGUGGGGAGAUCGGCAGUAUGAAGCAGGAACUUCACCAGAUGAGGGAGGCACUGCUUGAGGUGACUGCAGAAGGCCACGUGCAGCUGCCUGACUGGGCUCUGCAAACCACAGGUGCUGCAGUCGAUCUGCAGAGGACAUCCAGCAGCUAUGCGUGGGGAGAGAGUUGGCUCUGCAGGACCUUUUGGUUCCUGUGUACUCCCAACCCGCCAGAUACCAUUUUGCAGCCCGACGUGACUCCUGGAAAAUGCUGGGCUUUCCAAGGGUCUCAGGGGCAGGUGGUCAUUCGGCUGCCUGCACGGAUCUGGCCAACUGCUGUCACCAUGCAGCACGUCUCCAAAAGAGUUCCUCCACCUGGCAGCAGCACUAGCUCUCCCAAAGACAUUGCUGUCUCUGGCCUGGAUGAGGACGGAGAAGACGCUCUGCUUGGCACCUUCACGUACGACCCUGAGAAGGAGGCCAUUCAGGUCUUCCCCCUGAAGAACCAGCUUCACAAAGCCUUUCAAUAUAUAAAAAUUAAUAUACAGAGCAACUGGGGAAACACAGAAUACACGUGUCUUUACCGAGUACAGGUGCAUGGACAGAGAGCAAGCCAGAAGUAAUGCCGUUAGCCCGAAGACAUCAGGAAACCUUUUUAGUAAUUAAAAAGGAAAAAAAAGAAAAGAAAACAGAGGUGGCUGUUGUGUUUGGUGUAGUUUGAUGUCAUUUCCUAGAUGCUGUCAAAACCAGCACCUUUCUUGCUUUCAUACACUGAGCUGUUCCUCGGCCUUUCCACUUUCUCUCCACUGUACAGAUCUUUUCCUAAUAAAGCCAAAGCAGACAAUGCUCCUAGGGCCUUCCUUUCUCCUGCAUCCCUUGGUGCUUGACUAAGGCUCCCCCCAACUCCUCGCAGGAAGAAGCUGGAGCCUGGCAGAGUCUGGGGCUAAUGAUCCUCAAAGCACCCACCCCUUCCUUGCUGGCUGCACCGUGACCCUGCUUGUGACCUGCAGAAACCAUGGCAGGGGAAGGACACUGACGCUGCCAGGUCAGGCACUCCAAGGCACUUUCAAGCUAUGCAGGACUGAUUUAACGUGACAGUCCCUCUUUCUCCUUGGAGAGCAGAGGUAAUGGGAGAUGUCUGCCACUAUCUCCCGCUGCUUUUCUACAGCUCUUCGAAGAUGACUCUGAUGAUGACGCUUCACAUCCAACAAGGGAAGAGGAAGAAGGGACCCAUGAAUUGUAAGACGUUGACUAUGCUUCUCCACACCUUUGUGUCUUCCUCAUUUCAAGGUACUAACACAAUGCAGAUAUAAAACACUACCAGUUGAGAUGGAUUUGUGUGAAACUCUGCUUGUGUUAACUGCUUAGAAAGCAAGGUAUCAAGCAAAUGGCAUAGAUCUCUUUUUCAAAAAAGAAAAAAGAAAAAGACCCCCAAAUAAGACCUACAGCAAGAGGAAAUCUCACCUCUGGUGAAACAGCCUUGGAAAUCCUCCUAAAUGAGCUAAGCAUCUGGCACAGAGCCAAUGCUAAGACCUGAAUUCCCCGAGAAAGCUCACAGCAUUGGGAAGACUGGUGGCUACCCAGAAAACUGUCACGUCAGUAUUUCUGCUUGAAACUAAAACUGGAGAAACAAGAAAAGGUUAAAAAGAAAGCCAAGAGACUGGAUUCAACAGAAGCAACAAGGGGAAGGUAGUUCCUUGCUGAAACCGGGCAAAGAACACGGAAAUAUCAAGUGUGCCAAGUGCUGUCUCUGCCUUUCCAUGAAUCUUACAUGACAACAAACUAAUUGGAAGGGUCUUUCAGAAAACGCUGCAUAACAUUUCCCUGCUCUUCAGCCUGAUCGCUGUAAGCACAUUAUGUAAUUCCGCUACUGUGUUUCUCUCAGAAAAGACGACUUUCUUUUUUCUGAGCAAGUAGGGAAGUGAACAUACUGGGCAGAGUGGGCCAACUCAAGGUUGAAAGAAAUCGCUUGGAAAGAACCUGGCCUCUUCUGCCUCUUCUCCUAAAGCGGAGCCGGUAUCCUCACAGCUUUUCUAUUGGACAUCAAACCAGUCCCCUAGAAGUGCUGAGCCAAUGAGUUGACAAGGCCAAGAGAUAUGACAUCAUUCAGUGACCGGGGUGGGCUGGGAAAUCAACUGCCAGAGAAGUCUAGCUCUCAUGAGGCCCUGCACACUUUCCUUCCAUGACAGAGACCAAGCAAGUGAGAUGAAGCCACCGACUUUAAAAUCCUGACAGUGACCAGCAAAUCAGCACUGGUGAGCUCUCAGCACCUUGAAAACUGUAGGAGCAGACAGCAAGGGAUUGGACGAGAUAGAGUUAAGGAGCCAAAAGCCUUGGGAGGAAUAAAUAGCAGUAUGUAGAUAAGGUAGUAGCCGCACGGAAUGAGGAGGAGUGGUGAUGGGAACAUGACCUUCAGGAAAGUACCAUAGAUCACUGUGGAAAGUACCGACCCGGGCUACAGCAUAUAUAAAGGGCUUGCUUGCUUGAAUAAAGUGGAUUCUGAUCCAGCACAUCGGGGUCCGUGCAUCAAUCCACCACAGAAAACCACUCUCCGGUGAUUCUUGGCACUGACUUCAAAAGCAGCAGAACUUUGACUGAAGCAUAUGAAUCUCAGGGCUAGCUGCUGCACUGGACAGACGUCUACAGGCUGGACAUCCUCCUCCAUCAGAGGGACUGACACACCAGCCAGAAGGGCAUUUCCCCUCUCACAUUUCUCAGGUAUCUGCCACUGCAUGUUGACACGAUUCUUCCACGCAGGGACACCCAUCUGCACCACAGCUAAGGAUGCAGCUGAGCUUCUGCAGAGAGUUAACUGAAAAUCACCUCGGACUUCUUCAGCGAAAGAGAGCUGAGCAUGAGGUCACGAGGCCAGGGCAGUUUCCAUCCAAAAUGGUCAAAAACAUUCGAAUGCAGAUGACAGCAUCCCUUUAUGUGAAAUGUUUCCCACGUUACAAAGGCUGUUGUAGGGAUCUGGGGUGAGAAAAAGCAUUCAGUAUACGGUUGUGUCUGGGGACAGUGAUGUCCAAGAGAAGAGAUGUGCGUGCGCGGGAGGCUUCGCUGCUGCCUCACAAGCAAGGAGCUGGAGAGAAAUGCCUCCUGUGAAAACACUGCUUUGAAACACCUACAGAGACACCACAGACAGAUGAGCAGGGCAUGGCUAGGGGCCACCCUUGAGCUACGUGGCCGGGCAGGUUUUCCAGCUUGCUCCAGGGCGGUGGGCAGCCACUCAGAAAGCAGGAUUUGAGCCGGCUUGCCGCAGGACCAGCUGAGAGCUUAUUCCACACUGGCAAUGACCACUAAGGCACUCUCCAGGCUCACAUAGAAGGGACCCUGUAAGCCGAUUGCAAAGCACUCUUCCCUACUGUGAUUAGAAGGUCAAAAAGGGAAAUCUGGAGACUUAGUAUUUUUCUGCUGAAUCAGCUGUGGUGGGAUAAUACAGCCGUGGACCUGUUGUUCUGAGGCAGAAAAUGCUGCUUAGGGAUGCAAACUCUCUUGCUAAAGAGACCCUGGUCUGCUGAGUGACUCUGUUUCAGUGGUAAGGUGCAAGAACAUUUUCUUUCUGCAAAAUAGAGAGCUUGGAGGUAAAUGACUCUAAAACAAUGAGUCGUGUGCAAGUAAACGGAAGGAAUAAUUGUGGAAGUGACUGGAUUUUCACAUUCCAUCUCUUGCUCUAUUAUUAUUCACUGGGCUAAGAGAUAGGAAUGUCAUGUCCUUGGACAAAGAAGUGUCCCUCUGGCUGCACCGGCCUUUUCUGUCACGCUUCCAGCCACCUGAGAGCACUUUUUGCUGAAGCUGGGCUCCACAUUUGAAGGCCUUGAAGUCCUCCACGCCAUCCCAGUCACACCAAUGCUGUGGAGCACUCAUGGCAUCUUUUGCUGUGGUACGUUGUCCUCCCCCAUUCCAGCACUCCUUGGGGCAUCCCCAGCAAGGCCUGCCAGAGCUUAGCUGUUCCCAGGUCCCUGGCUCCAAGCACGUCCUGGCACCCCCUCCCACCCCACACACCAGUCACCCAGUCCCUCCUGACUCAUGAGGAUCAUCAGGCAUGAGGGGCCCGAGGUGGGGGUUGCUCUCCCUGCUCACCCGAGCAAAGACAGAAGACCCCAUCCCCAGGAAACUACACUGCCAAGGCUUUGGUGUCCGGCAAUUUGGAGCUACCCAACACAGUGGCAAAGGCACCCCAACAAAGGCUACUCCACACUCUUCCACCUUGACUUACUCAGAAACUAGGCACCCAGUGAGAAGACAAAUGCUCCUCCUGCACUGAGAGACAAAGACUCCGUGAAAGUUUUGCAGGGUCAAGGGAAGUCUCUUGGGUCGGUGUCGCAAGGGAAGCCACCACCUGGCACAACUCCUGUGUCCUUUUCCCAUCAAAUCUCUGUCCCACAAAAGGCCAUGACAUACAGGCCUACCUGAAGUUGUGGGGAAAAGCAGGACAUUACCUAGAUGGGAGGUAUAAAUUUCUGAGGCCAGAAAAUUCAGCCAGAGCCCAAAGGUAGCUAUCUCCAUGGGCAGACGCAUGCAGUGGAGACACAAAGCCAGCAGUAUGCUGUCGCUUUAAAGACUGAAGGUGUAUUAAUGGUAAUACACCUUGAUAACUGCUCUCAGAGUACCUAGACAGCUCCUGGAAAAGAGGAGGGAGAAGCUGACUGUCAAGGUUCACAUCUUUGCUGAAGUCGCUCAUUUGUUCAUCACUGCAAACAGUGCACAGAAAAAGGCACAAUGCGUUUGGCAUGCGGGCCACUUCCACACCCACCGUGCAUUCUGUACCCCAGAACUGCUUGUCACAGGAGUCAUAAUUCAGGUUGCAACGUGCACUCUCCAAAUGGCAAUACUACCAUAUUUCCUCAUUUAUUACCCCCCCAAAAAGAAAAAGAAACCCCAAAUCCUGUAAGAUUUGGCUCUGCAAAUGGCUGGUAUCUGCCCCUGGGAGAAAAGGCAGCCGGCAUGCUGAAACGUCUCUUCGGCUCCAUGCAAAGCUACUCUUUGCUCUGAGAGGCUGCACGCACCAGCUCAGCACCUAGCCUAAAUACUCUUUUGGUCACUGCUUUCAAGGAACGGCUGCCAAGGCAAGCAAGCUGAAGUGGGAUAUUUUCUGCCUUUUGAAGGGCUGACUCCAUGAGCUACAUUCUACUCUUUUUCUGUAACUCCGUGUGUAAUGGCACCCGUGUCCAAAACAACAGGGUGCCUAAGGGCUGCAAAACGCCAAGACUGGUUUAAAGAGAGUUGUUUCUUUGAAAGGCCUACUUACGUGACUGGCCAGGAUUGAAAGACAAGUUCGUAAGAGCCUGACGCAUGUAAGAAAAAAGAGCUUUCUGUCAUGCUUAUAAUAAAAUUGUGACUAUA